AUGAGUUUAGUAUUUGAUGAAUAUGGUAAUCCAUUUAUUGUGAUUAGAGAUCAACAAGCCAAAGAAAGAUUAAGAGGUAUCGAGGCACACAGAUCACAUAUUCUUGCAGCAAAGACCAUUUCAAAUAUUAUGAAAUCAUCAUUAGGACCAAAAGGUAUGGAUAAGAUGAUGGUUAGUCAAGAUGGUGAAGUAUUAGUUACCAAUGAUGGUGCAACAAUCCUCGAGAAUAUGCAAGUCGAUAAUCAAAUUGCUAAAUUAAUGGUUCAAUUAUCAAAAUCUCAAGAUGAUGAAAUUGGUGAUGGUACAACUGGUGUUGUCGUUUUAGCAGGUUCAUUAUUAGAACAAGCCGAACAAUUAAUUGAAAAAGGUAUUCAUCCAUGUCGUAUCUAUGAAGGUUAUGAAACCGCUUGUAAAAUUGCAACUGAACAUUUGAAAACCAUCUCUGACUCUAUCGAAUUCAGUAAAGACAAUAUUGAACCACUCAUCAAAACUGCAAUGACUUGUUUAGGUUCAAAGAUCGUCAAUCGUUUCCAUCGUCAAAUGAGUGAAAUCGCUGUUAAAGCCGUCAUCUCUGUUGCAGAUUUAGAACGUAAAGAUGUUAACCUCGAAAAUAUUAAACUCGAAGGUAAAGAAGGUGGUAAAUUAGAAGAUACUCAAUUGGUUAAAGGCAUCAUCAUCGAUAAAGGUAUCAGUCAUCCACAAAUGCCAAAAAUUAUUAAAGAUGCUAAAAUUUGUUUAUUAACUUGUCCAUUUGAACCACCAAAGCCAAAAACAAAAAAUUCAAUAGAAAUUACAAAAGCAGAAGAUUUCAAAGUUUUAGGUGAAAUUGAACAAAAAUAUUUUACAGAUAUGGUUGAAAAAGUUAAAGCUACAGGUGCAAAUUUAGUUAUUUGUCAAUGGGGUUUCGAUGAUGAAGCCAAUCAUUUACUCCUUCAAAAUAAUUUACCAGCUGUUCGUUGGGUUGGUGGUUUAGAUCUCGAAAAAAUUGCUAUGGCAACUGGUGGUCGUAUCGUUGCUAGAUUCGAAGAUGUUAGCGCCGAUAAAUUAGGUAGAGCAGGUUUAGUUAGAGAAGUCGGUUUUGGUACAACUCAAGAUCGUUACCUUUCAAUUGAAGAUUGCCCAAAUACAAAUGCAGUUACAAUCUUUGUUAGAGGUGGUAAUAAAAUGAUUGUUGAAGAAGCUAAAAGAAGUAUCCAUGAUGCAUUAUGUGUUACUCGUAAUUUAAUUAGAGAUAAUAGAGUAAUUUAUGGUGGUGGUUCAUCAGAGAUUAGUUGUGGUUUAAAGAUUUCAGCAAUGGCUGAUGAUAUUGCAUCCAUUGAACAAUAUGCCGUUAGAGCUUUUGCUGAUGCUUUAGAUGCUAUUCCAUUAGCAUUGGCUGAAAAUAGUGGUCUUCCAUCCAUCGAAUCUUUAUCAACCGUAAAGGCUAUGCAAAUUAAAGAAAAGAACCCACGUCUUGGUAUCGAUUGUAAUCAUAGAGACACCAAUGAUAUGAAGGCUCAACACGUUUUCGAUACUCUUCCAGGUAAAACUCAACAAUUCCUCUUGGCCAAUCAAGUAGUUAAAAUGAUUUUGAAAAUCGAUGAUAUUAUUAAAAUGGGUCCAGGAGCUGACGAAUAA